AUGAUCAAAAGAAGCUCAACGGAAUUGCCCCCGUCUCUCACACACUCUCUCUCUCCCGCGCGUCCCUCUCUCUCUCUCCUCUGGUUCGCGACGCCACCGCAGCCGGCCACGUUUUGGCCGGCCGUUCAGUCAUCCGGCCACCACUCGGGUCGGGACCGGUCCCAAAAUGACCGGCCUGACUCCGCCGUCCUACCCCCACCUGUUCUCCGACGUCAGCCGGCAGCGAUACCGCCGGAAAGUGCAGAAAAACGGCCGGUUUUUUACCCAAUUUUCCGGAGCUCGUUCCGGCGAUUCCGGCCACCAAAUCUUGCGAUCAAGCGUAGGCAACUCGAUUUACGAAUUGGGUUUCGGCCGGAUUUCGGGAUGAGAUUCCGGCCACUUCCGGUCAGUUUUUGGGGUACGUCCAAGAACAAAAGUGACUCCAAAUUAGGUGUAUUACCUAGGGUAGGAGUCUGGGCUCACGAUUUGGAAGUUUUUCCGGCGAUGGGUACGCUUUGGACACCCACGCGCUGCCGGCGCGUGUGGCGGCGCGUGGGCACUGUAGCUGAGGGGCAUUUUUGUCCCAUUGUGAUCCUCUCGAUGUCACGAGCGCGUAGGUGUGCUCGGAUCUCAAUUUGGAUAUCGUUAGAGUCCCGAACGGAUAUCGCAUAUCGCGAUUUGACGGAUCGUAAAUGGAGUCCCGGAUACUCCAGAAAUGCCAACCCUAGGGUUAGGGUUUUAGUAACCGUCCGAUCGUGCGAUCGUGAGCGAUCCGACCGUCCGAUCUGGACCAAACUUGCAGGACAUGUGUCCUAG